AGUCAUUCACUUUCACUUCAGUAACCGCCAACGCCGCAUGUGCACAAUAGUCAUAAGCAGCCAUGAAGAAUAUUGUGUUUUAUCUAGUAGUGUUAGGUGUGAAUUAUGCUUUAGCGGAGACGUCCACUCCUCGCCAUGAAGGCCAGGACGAAUGGAAAUCAUUUGUCAGGUACCCACAGCCAUCCUCCCGCUCCCGUUCAAUUUCUUACCCAACCGUCGAGCCCCACAGGAUAAUCUAUUCCGGUUUGAAAAGUGUGGGAGUGCACAACCUCACACCUGGAGAAGACAUGCCCGAGUUCACUGCAGACUAUCAGUAUUUGGAAGGAGGCGCUUUCAAGUUCCGAUUGUCCGUUCCCAGCGCUAGCCUGUCUUUGACGUACAACGAUUACGUGAGGAGACAGUUACAGGUGAACUGUGAAGCUGACAGCAGUGGGUCAGGCAGCCAAUCCAUGUUCGCGUGUUUGAGACUUCGGCAUAGGAAUGAGAGCACAAGGGCCUAUCAUGUUCACGUCGAGGAGCUAGCAAACAUGGACGAUCCAGGGUUCAGAAACGCCGUUUGCCAUGGCCACACAUACACUGGCGAGUUUCGCACGGUGCAGCCCUGCGAUGCUGAUCAAAACUCGAAUGCCAUUAGGGACGUCAGGUUUCACCUUUUCGUGGGCAAAGGGAGCUGCAAGCCAUCCCGAUUUCUCGGCGAUCCCUUGCCGGAGAAAUUUGAUGAACGGCAAAUAAUCGCGCACUCGGCCAAGCAUGGUCCACGAGGAGCAAUUAUAACAUCGUUUUUGGGUGUACCAGAGCUGAGCUGCGAGGUUUGCCGGAAACAGAAAGCACGCUCGAGUUCAUUCAAAGUUCGCUGUACUGCUCGCCGCUUGUCCGGAGUCACAGCUUGGAGAACACACAUAGAAGGUGGUAGGGAGGUAAGGUCUCCUUUCGUGUUCGUGACUCGCCCCAGGGUGCAACCAUCGGAAUCGUGGUUUCAAGUUGUUUACAACUCCUCCGCCCUCAGCUGCUCUUCUGGUGGCUCCACCCAUGAGAUCAUGGGAGCAAAGCGCGGUUCUUUCAAGAUACGCUUCGAUUGCUCGCAAGCUGGCUUCGUCCCCGAGAAGCAGCAUGGUGAUCGAGGCGGAGACAAUCUGCGAGUCUUGGCUCAUAACAGCUGGGGUACCUCUGUGGUCACGCCUAGUAUUACCGGUAGAGAAACUCUUUGUCAGUAGCUGAUAUGCACCCAGCCAUAGCAACAUCAUCAUGAUCUUUUCCUUUCCCUUAUACUUGUGUGCGUGUAGUCGAUCUCAUGUACGGAUGAUAAGGCAACACUGUCAAUCCAUGAUCUUGUUUUGAUUAGCCUGUUUACACAGGGAGAAAUUCUAUUACGGUCUGCCUUUCUUGCUCGCGAUAUCACUUCAUAUGUAGAGUCUACAUGCAUGUCAAAUGUACGUGUGUGCAGGCUUGUACAUAGUGAGGUGUCAUCUCAGAUCUCAUUCCCAUCACAUAGUAGAUAAGUACUUUCAACCCACGAA